AUGCCAGUCCGACACUCCUAUCCCAAUGCAACCAUCAUUCAGUACAUGGACGACAUCCUAGUUGCAGCACCAUCAGCAAGCCAAGUAGAUCACCUGGUGUCCACAAUCACGGAAACGCUUCAGGCCAAUGGCUUCGAGAUCGUGAGCGCAAAGAUCAAGAGAGGACCCUACGUGACCUUCCUGGGAGUAGGGAUCACAAGCUCCUACAUGACACCCCCCGAGGUGAAGGUCAGUCGAGACAUCAAAACACUCUAUGACGUGCAACGCCUGGAAGGUGGACAGAGCUUCAGACAGAGCUCAGAGCUGGCGGCCGAUGAGCAGCUUCAUGAUGGAGAGAAGCCCCACAAGUGCAUGGCGUGUGGGAAGAGCUUCAGCCAGAGCAGCACCCUGAUCUGCCACCAACACAUCCACAUCGGGGAAUGGCCCUACGAGUGUGGGGAGUGUGGGAAGGGCUUCAGCUACAGGUCAGAACUCAUCAGGCACCAACGCAUUCACACUGGGGAAAGGCCCUACGAGUGUCCCCAGUGUCAGAAGAGGUUUCAGACCAGCUCCAGUCUCCUCCAGUCCCAGCAGAUUCACACUGGCGAGAGGCCCUUCCGCUGCCCUGAGUAUGGUAAGGGCUUCAAGCACAAAUUCACCUUCAUCAUCCAACGGCGCAUCCACACUGGGGAGAGGCCCUACGAGUGUCCCCAGUGUGGACAGAGCUUCAGCCAGGGCUCGGAGCUGGUGGUGCAUGAGCAGCUUCACGAUGGAGAGAAGCCCUACAAGUGCUUGGAGUGUGGGAAGAGCUUCAGCUGGAGCAGCACCCUGAUCCGCCACCAGAUGAUCCACGCCAGGCAAUGGCCCUAUGAGUGUGGGGAAUGUGGGAAGGGCUUCAGGUGCAGCUCUGAGUUCGUUACCCACAAACGCAUCCACACCUGGGAACGGCCCUAUGAGUGUUCCAAGUGUCAGAAGAGGUUUCGGAUCAGCUCCCAUCUCAUCCUGCACCAGCGUAUUCACACUGAGGAGAGGCCCUUCCGCUGCCCUGAAUGUGGGAAGGGCUUCAAGCAAAACUCCCACCUCAUCAUCCAUCAACGCAUCCAUGCUGGGGAGAGCCCCUACGAGUGUCCCCAGUGUGGGAAGAGGUUUCAGACCAGUUCCCAUCUCCUUCUGCAUGAGCGGAUUCACACAGAGGAGAGGCCCUUCCGCUGCCCUGACUGUGGGAAGGGCUUCAAGCAAAACUCCCACCUUGUCACCCACCGGUGCAUUCACACCAGGGAGAGGCCCUACGAGUGUCCCCAGUGUGGGAAGAGCUUCAGCCGGAGCUCUGCCUUGACCAAACACCAACAGAGGCACCAACGCAAGGAGGCGCGGUUGCCGGGACCCCCUCAGCGAGUGGACUCACCAUCGGAGGGGGGGGAACACACCCGGGUGUUCUGGCAGGGACUCGCGGAGGAGGCGCAGAACGCUGCCGGAUUGUUGGACCCCACAGGGAUUGGCAAAAACCAACGAAGGACCUAUUCCCCGGUUAAUCCAAAGGAUGUCCAGGAAAUCAUUAAAGCGAUUGCAGACAAGGGAAUUAAUUCUGCCAUUGUUACCACACUCAUUGAUGACGUUUUUGGAGGGGAUGAUAUGUUGCCCUUUGAUAUUAAGCAGACGUGUUAUGACAACCACCCGGGCUGCCCAAGAAGCCAUCUGUGCUACUUCCAAAGUAGUAGCCAAACCUUCACCAUGGUCAACUAUAAAACAGAGGAGCAGUCAAUUUUGCAUCCCCGCCUAUGGUGCAAUGGCAGAGUUAUGCAGCACCCUCAGUACCCUCGCACCCCCUACUACCACAACCUGCACCGGUGGUCCAGAGAAGGAUAUCGCCUCAUCCACUACCUGAGAGAAGUGAACAACAUGAUCCGACCCAUGGGUCCAGUCCAGACACUGCUACCCACGAACUCAGCCAUUCCCGCAGGGCAGCCGUGCGUGGUGCUGGACAUCAAGGAUUGUUUCUUCUCAAUACCUCUGCACCCUGAGGACAGAGAACGAUUCGCCUUUUCCGUGGCAUUCUGA